UUUUGUUGAUUUUCUUUCUCUGGGUCUGUGAGUGGGGGGAUGUGCGCCGAGAGAAGGCGGAUCUCCGAUGCACCAAUCCGCGGCGUUCCUCUCGUCGUUUAAAGAGCUCUUUGUGUCAAUCACGCGUUUUUUUCAUCGCCAUAUUGGGUGCCGUAAAGCCUCGCCUUAUUAUUUCUCUUCCCCUUUUUUACUACGACGCGCAGUUGACAGGAGCGGCCAUCGCGAACGCUGCUUUUGUUUUGAUGAUCGUCGCGCGUCCGUGUUUUUCGCUCAUGCGGCGAGUUUGCCUUUACGCCCGUCGCUUUGGAUCGCGUUAACGCAGGAGGGAACGCUCUGUAACAGCUGUGGGGUUUUGUUUUCGACUUGAACGCCUUAAAAUGUCUAACGUUCGCUUGUCUAACGGCAGCCCGACGCUGGAGCGGAUGGAGGCGCGACCGUCAGACCAGCCGAAGCCGUCGGCGUGUCGGAACCUGUUCGGUCCGGUGGAUCAUGAAGAGCUAAAGAAGGACUUCCAGCGGCAGCUGAAGGCGAUGGAGGACGCGUCGUCUGACGCGUGGAACUUCGACUUCUCACACACGCCGCGCACCGACGGCAGAUACCAGUGGGAAGCGCUGGAUAUUCGCUCGGUGCCCGGUUUCUACAGCAGGUCCGUGCGGGGCAAGGGCUCCGAUCUUCACACUUGCUCCUCUGGGAAUAAUAACGACAAUAGCGUGGAUGUUAACGGCAAUCACGACUGUCGGGUAACGGAGCAGAGCGCGGAGACGCCCGAAAAAGACCGAGAGCAGAGGAAAAGAAGCUCCUGUCUCGACUCGUCGUGUCAAAGCAAACGCUCACACAUCUGCGUGGAUGAAGUGACCCGGACGCCCAGAAAGUCCAAAAAUCCCAGAAAACACCCCAGCUCGACUCCCACAUAAACCCCAUGAGGGCUGAAGUUGACGUUGUGGGUUUGAUGACCUCAGUGCUUGCUGAACGAAAGAUUUUUUUGGGGGGAAAAACGGACGAGCGAAUGGAGGAACGAGUGGAAAAUAAAACAUAUCAACUCUAAGAGUGUGUUCAAGCACUGAAACAAACACUAAAGUUCUGGCACUCAAGAAAAAAAAGCAACUGCCUCGUAAAGCAGUGUAUGUAGCAGUGUGCAAUUAGGUUGAAUUUCCUUUUUUGCUCAUUUUUGUUUUUCUUACUACCUGUGUAUAUAAAUAUAUAUUUGUUCCUUUUCAUAUGUAGCACAUAAUUAGUAUUAUGUUGGAAAAAUUCUAUUUUUAUUUUUUUUUUGCCUUUUUUUUUUUUUUUUUUUUUUUCUUUUUUUUUGAGGUGUGAGUUUGGUUUGACUUGAAGAGCCACCGUUGCCGUGUAGAUUAUUUCCGAAAUGCUGUUCAUGUUUAUUUCACGUUUUGAAGGCCUGUUUAUAUAUUGGCUGUGUAAAACAUUUUUUUUUUCUUCAGAUGAGGUACACAAAAUAGCAGUUCUCUGAAUGGAUCCGGUUGGAUCUGAACAUCUCAGCCUCUUUUGUUUUUGAAGGUGAUGUAAAAGUUGAAACUCUGAGGUCAAACCUUGUAGCAUCGACCAGUAUUACCAGUAUCAGGCACUUCCGUGGAGGAGAAACGUCUCUCACCCUCUUAAAUUAUUUCUCUUGAUCAUCUGUAAUUUGCGUGAAAUUUUCUACUGAUAAUAUUUUUUCGUUUCACUUUUGUUCGACUCAGUCACCCUUGAUUUAGCCUUAUUUUCUUGCGUAAGCGGGCGUUUCGCCCCACCAACUGUAUGCAUCUAAAACACUCGACAAAUAGAUUCUGUGGUGAAACCUGAUGCAUAACUGUAUUUAUAAAGUAAAUAUUAAUAUUUGAACAAUUUUCACUGCCUGUGUAUUUGUGUAAACUUUGAAAUGUACCUGUGUACAUAACUUUGUAAAAACACUGAGAAAUUAAAACUAACUUAUUUAUGUCAAGCUUUUUUUUCCUUUUUUUUUUUUUGGAAAUUAAAAAUGGGUUUUUGGUCAAGGUUUGAGUCAUUAUUUUUGUAAAUGCUUUUUUUUUUUUGGUGGUUCUUUUUUCUGAUUUUUUAAAAUAUUAUUUUAACAAUUUGUAAGAGGUUGCAAACUGAGCCUGAUUAAACUAUUUGAAAAGUG